AUGACGGCCUUGCAGCUGAAAGAGUUGUCACAGUCAGGUCUUUACAGGAGGAGACGGGAUCGCCCUGAUAGCGUGGGACUGCUUGGGUCACAGGAAGGGAAGCUGAGCAACAUGGCAAACGCACUUGCAAAUGCCAUCUGUGAGCGCUGCAGGGGUGGCUUUGCCCCUGAUGAGAAAAUUGUCAACAGCAAUGGUGAGCUGUACCAUGAACAGUGCUUCGUCUGUGCCCAGUGCUUUCAGCAGUUUCCUGAAGGGCUCUUCUAUGAGUUUGAAGGGAGGAAGUACUGUGAACAUGACUUUCAAAUGCUUUUUGCCCCAUGCUGCCAUCAAUGUGGUGAGUUCAUUAUUGGUCGUGUUAUUAAAGCUAUGAACAACAGCUGGCAUCCUGAGUGCUUCUGCUGUGAUAUUUGUCAACAAGUAUUGGCCGAUAUUGGAUUUGUCAAGAAUGCUGGCAGACAUCUCUGCCGUCCUUGCCAUAACAGGGAAAAAGCCAGAGGCCUGGGAAAGUACAUUUGCCAGAAGUGCCAUGCCAUUAUUGAUGAACAGCCUCUUAUAUUCAAAAAUGAUCCUUAUCAUCCUGAUCAUUUCAACUGUGCAAACUGCGGGAAGGAACUUACUGCUGAUGCUCGUGAGUUGAAGGGAGAAUUAUAUUGCUUGCCUUGCCAUGACAAAAUGGGUGUCCCUAUCUGUGGGGCAUGUAGAAGACCAAUUGAAGGCCGUGUGGUGAAUGCUAUGGGCAAACAAUGGCAUGUGGAGCAUUUUGUUUGUGCAAAAUGUGAAAAGCCAUUCCUGGGUCAUCGUCAUUACGAGAGAAAAGGCUUGGCAUAUUGUGAAACCCACUACAAUCAGCUAUUUGGUGAUGUUUGUUUCCAUUGCAACCGUGUGAUUGAAGGAGAUGUUGUGUCUGCUCUGAAUAAAGCAUGGUGUGUGAACUGCUUCGCUUGUUCAACCUGCAACACUAAGUUAACGCUCAAGAAUAAAUUUGUUGAGUUCGAUAUGAAGCCUGUCUGCAAAAAGUGCUAUGAGAAGUUUCCUCUGGAGCUGAAGAAAAGACUGAAGAAACUAGCUGAAACUUUGGGAAGGAAGUAAAGACUUCAUCUGUUCUCCACUACCUUUGUGAAAAUCUUACAUAUAUUACUUGGCUAGGGUUGGGGAGGCUGCAAUCAGACAACAAAUGAUGUAUGCCUUCUGUCAAAUUGAAGUAUCUUAAGGUUCUCUAUUCUCUGUAAGUGUAUGUUUAACUUUUGAUAAAUAGACCAUACUUCCAAACUAAACACCAGCUCCCCUGAAAGACGUCACUGAUACUGCAGUUGAACUGAUGCAGGUGACCUAUUCUGCACUCAUCUCUCUUGAGUUUUACAAAGAGGAAACUUGCUUGUGAAUACCUGUGAAAACAAACUGUGCAAAUGUGUUCAGCUAUAGGGGCAUGCAUUGCCAUUUACAUUAAUGAACGUAUUAACCUUCAUGUUAUGCAUGCACAUAAAACUUGCCCUAGUCAAGGGACUUGGACAAAAAAACAACAUACUUUGCCUCAUGGAAAAAAAUUCAUGCUUGG